CCAUCCCUUCAAAAUACAGAACUCUAACCUACCACAUGAAAAAUGGGCGCGUCAAUGUCCUCCCCCAUGCAAGCUCUUCGGAUCAUUGCUGGCAUCGUUUUUAGAAUCGUCGAAGAAAUUCGGUCAUCGGAGAUCUUCGAAAAUCCCACUUUUGCCAACCUUGCACAUGCCAGAGACUCGCGCUCCCAAAGGCAAGCUAAUAGGGCACCAAUGGCAGGGUGGCAGGGUGUAGAAUGGCAGGAAGAAGAUCGUAUUGAUAUAGACACGAGAGGAAUCAGAGAGGAAAUAGAUGAGUUCCCAGCUGCUCGAGCUCCACGUGCCACCGGGAGAAACGUCGAAGAAUUUCAUUCUGCACAAACAAAUGUGUGGCGGAGGCCGAGCGAAGUGGGGAUGCAUGCUUCGGAAGAAACCCCGCGCAGGCGUCUUUAUGAAACGCCAGAGCGUUGCGCCGCAGUACUCCAGAUGAAGACGAAGGAAGAAGAAGGCGUCUCGCCCACGAAGUCAACCAAUAAAGGCAAGAAAACCUUGGAGAAACACAGCGCGUUCCAGCUCGUGAGUAUCCCCAGUGAGGAGGAGAUACAAUUAGCGAAGCACGGAGUCCAAUACCAAGAGGGACUAUUCCAUUUCGCAGCGACAGGAGUUUCUGGCGCAGGAAAGUCAUCGCUGAUCAACGCCUUUCGAGGCCUUCGAAACAGAGAUGAGGGGGCUGCACCAACGGGUGUGGUUGAGACCACCACGAAUAUUGCUAGAUUCCCAGACCCAAACCCCAAAAAUCCGUUCGUUUGGUAUGACGUCCCAGGGUCCGGCACGUUGAACAUACCGGAUUGGCAAUAUUUCACUGCACAGGGACUCUAUGUUUUCGACUGCAUUAUCAUCCUUUUCGACACCCGCUUUACGAUGACUGACCUUGCCAUGCUGGUCAAUUGUCGGCGUCUGAAUAUUCCUACUUAUAUCGUGCGGUCGAAAUCAGACUCACAUAUCAGAAACAUCAUCAAGGAAUCGGGUUACGACAGCGAUGAAGAUGAAGACCGCUCGCGUCGUGACGUAUUGUAUAGCUCCGCACGCGAGCAGUACAUCGCUGAAACUCGCGCCACCGUCAGGUACAACCUUCAGGAGGCGAAGUUACCCGAUCAGAGGGUGUACAUUGUCGCCAACAGCACUAUGGUCUCCACAGUGAGAGACCAGAAACUAUCGGAGAAGACGAUAGACGAACUAGAGUUGAUGCGAGAUCUCUUUAGGGAAGCCCAGUCAAGGCGUUGUGGUAAAGAAAGUGACGUAGUCCAGCUGGUGUCACCUCCAUCGGUGACCGAUGGGCCCAUCAGUGCCAAUCGGGUGCCGUGGGACGCAGUGGACGACGAGAGGGCGGACGAAAGCGUUAUUCGCGGUGACCUGGCUAGACCUGAUCUGGACGAGUUCGGUUUGCGACCGAAUUUUUAUUCGGUGCAAGCCUGCACGCUGCAAGAGAUUGUGCAGCUGCAGCAGCGCAGCUACUUCAGAAAUUCAGAAUCGGAGCGGGUGACGGAGUCGACAAGUAUUUCGGAGUCUUUAGACACGUGGGAAUUCCUGAGGACCUUCGAGCCUGUACUAAUCGACUUACUACAACUUUCUUCUUGA